UCAGACAAAAUACAGAAGUGCCACUCUGCUGUUCUUUUAAAAAAAAAAUGUCCAGCAAUGAAAAUGGUCAAACUAAAUUACAUAUACCUUCAUUUUAUGUUACAGUUGAGGUGUAUUUUAUUAUUUUAAAAACAAAAAAAAAAGAACAGACAUCGUUUGUUUAUCUUUUAUCUAAAACUGGGGUAGUUGUAAUAACACGGAGUGAGAUACCUUACUAUCAUACCUUUCUUAGUUGUUUUAAACAUUGUGGUGUCCUUCGGCUUAUUCUGUGAUGUUUGUCAGAAAUGUUGUCAAACUAUGUCGUUGUGACUUCAAAAAAAUCUCCCGUUCAGGACAGAUCCUGCCGUCAGCUGCAGCAAGAUUGCAGCACAAUGAUACCCAGGAACUCAGUCAUCCCGCCCCCUCCUCUCGUCCAGAGACGUCCAAAGCAAAGACCCUGAUGGACAUUGGGACUCGCCGGAUUUUCAAUGAGGGCCAUGACCUCUUCAGGCAGAGUGUGCGGCGCUUCUUCCAAGAGGAGGUAGUGCCACAUCACAAGGAAUGGGAGAAGGCAGGUCAGGUGAGCCGGGAGGUGUGGGAAAAGGCUGGCGAGCAAGGCCUGCUGGGAGUUAUGACACCAGAGGAGUGCGGCAGCAUUGGCGGGGAUCUGUUCUCAGCAGCUGUCACAUGGGAGGAACAAAUGUACUCAAACUGUUCAGGACCAGGUUUUACGCUUCACUCUGACAUUGUCAUGCCCUACGUAUUCAACUACGGCACCAAGGAGCAGAUUGAACACUUAAUUCCUAAAAUGACUGCUGGAAAAUGCCUCUGUGCCAUUGCCAUGACUGAGCCAGGAGCGGGCAGUGACCUUCAAGGUGUGCGGACAUACGCCAAGCGUGAUGGCAGCGAUUGGAUCCUGAAUGGCAACAAGGGCGUUUGUUGACUCUCGUACUCAGCCCAUCUAUGGAGGAACCAAUGAGAUCAUGAAAGAGCUCAUUGCGCGGAGUAUCGUCAGCCAGAAAUGAGACACCCUCUCACCCUGUUAAGGUGGUAUUCAGAUUUUAUGUGGAGACAUAAAAUAAUAUAAAACUGAAUUGACCAACUGAUACAGAAUCUUCAGAAAGCAGAACAGGUGCCAUCAAGUUAAAAAAAUAAUAAUAAUAAUUUGUUGCUCAUCUUGAUAAUAUACAGUAGUCAGACAGUCUCAUAAAGUCAAUUUGUUGUUCACACUUCUGUACUUUACAAUUGUGUGUCUUGUUACAAUGGAUUUGAAAAAAUUCAUAGUGAAUGCAGUUUUAAUAUUGAAUAUUUAUAGAUUAAUAUUGAAUUCAUGUUUCCAUUGAUGGCUGUUGAAUUCAAAUAUCCAUGUUAACAUGGAGGCCAGGCAGUGAAAGAGUUAAUCACUGCCAUUGACGGCUAAACAAAUCAAAUAUCCAUUUUAACUGGGGGCUGGCAGUGAAUGAGUUUUUAAUAAAAUCUCGAAGCACUGUGAUGAAAAUGUUUCUGUAAUUUAUUUUAAUCAUGAGUACAGUUCUUCACAAAUACAGUACUGUAAGUAGUAAGAAAAAAGAUGAAUGGGGAAAAAAAUGCAGAAAUUUAAAGAUGGAUUCAUAAUACUGGGGAACAAUUUGAAAAAAACACAUCUGUUGAGUUAGAGUUUUAUGCUGAUGAAACCUAAAAUUGGCAUGCUGAUUCCAAAAUUGUGUGGCACAGUCGGCGACUGGUUAGAGCGUCUUCCUCACAGUUCUGAGGACCCGGGUUCAAUCCCCGGCCCCACCUGUGUGGAGUUUGCAUGUUCUUCCCGUGCCUGCUUGGGAUUUCUCCGGGCACUCCGGUUCGCUCCAACAUCCCAAAAACAUGCAUGGUCGGUUAAUUGACAACUGUAAAUUGCCCGUAGGUGUGAAUGUGAGUGCGAAUGGUUGUUUGCUUGUAUGUAUGUGCCCUGCGAUUGGCUGGCAACCAGUUCAGGGCUCCAGCACGCCCGCGACCCUAGUGAGGAAAAUGGAUGGAUGGAUAGAUUCUAAAAUUGCAGUCAGUUUUUUUUCACAGCUUACCUUCCAGCAAGCAAAAUGUCACUGAUUAGCUGUAGUAAGACCUGCCAACUGAUUACGA